UUUUAUUUCACAGGGAUGCUGCACCGAGAGGGGAGGGUGGGAUUGCUGCGCUUGCUCUCCGUGGUUAGAGGGAGGGGCAGCGCCCUGAGAAGGCGGGAUCCGCUCGCAGCCGACGCCGCGCAUGCUCGUCCCGCCGGCCAGCGCCGCCCGCCGUGCUUCUUUCCAAAAGUGCGCGGCCAGCUGCAGCAGAGGAAGCCUCCGACCUGCGCGCGUCCGUCGGUGCUUCCCGCCCCGCCGCCGCCAAGGCCUUCUCCCGCUGACGCCACCGGCGCUCGCCAAAGCCGAGCAGCCUUCCAACAGCGACCGCCCGCGGCCUCCUCCCGCCUGCUCCAGGGGCCUCCCUCGCCAGGGACCGGCGCCCUCUUCCUCACGCAGGCCUGUGCUCCUCGCAGCGGCAGCUCACGGGGCGGCAACGUCGUAAGGGGACGGAGUCUGCCAGCAACCGACGCCCAGCCCCCACCAGCCAAAGCCAAGGGCCUCCGACGCCGCUUCCUUUCACCAAAUCGCAGCUACCAUCCCCGGAGCCCACCUCCCGCCUGUCCCCGCCAGCCGGUGUCUCCCGCUGACACCCGUCCCUGCCGCCUGCCGCCACCACCGCCGUCCAAUGCCUUCUUCCCGCUGACGCUGACCUUCGCUGCCUUCGCCAGCGCUCACUGACCCCCAGGGCUGUCCGCUGCCAGACGCCCUCAGACUCCUGCCGCCGCCACCAGAGGCUCUCUUGCCAGGGACCAGGCUCCCUCGUUCUCACGCAGGCCUCGCCAACUUGCAGCAGCCUCAGCUCAUAAGGACCUAGCGUGGAGGCGCCUGCAGGGCCUUGACUCCAGGCCGGGACCAUCCCUGUGAGGAGCACACCCCCUUUGUGCCCCGAAUGCAGAGGAGGAGGCUGGGCUGCCGCUUCUCCAGGCCUUUGACCUUCAGCUGCAGACCAGAGCCUUCCCUUCUGUGCCAUCCCCCGUGGCUGACUCUCUACGUCUUCAGGUAAGGAGACUUUCACAGCAGGUGAAAGUUUUUCUGUUUUCUGGCAGGUUCCCUAGGGAAGGGGCUCAGUGGGUCAGACUCCCAGGGUGCUGUGUUCAUUAGGGACUGAGGAUGGUUUUGUGGGAGAAAUCCCUGCAGAGCUUCAGAGAGAGGGAAACAUGGGGACAGUCCUGUAGCGGACACACGUGAUCUUGGGACUUAGGGAUGUUUAGGGUGGGGGCGUGGGUGUCCCUGGCCUGGACACAGAGAACCCCCAGUGGAAAGGCAAAUUUGAGUAGUCUGUACACAGCUUGAUUAAUUUUUAAUAGUUGAUAUUUGCUAUAAUGUGAAAGUGUUUGAAAAACUAUAGACCAAGAGGGGUUGUAGUAAAAUACAUUAUCUUAAGCUUCAAUAUUCUAAGUUUCUGAAAUGCAGAAUUCAUUAUAAUUUCACUUUCCUGGCUUUCAAAGAAGAUAAGUGAUCUGUAAUGUCUUUAAAAUAUGCUUAUCUUUCUAAUAAUGCGGCGACAAUAUGAAAUACUGAAAAAUACUGGCUCAUUGAACAUUUCCUCCUGGAUUCCAGUGUGAUUAGUAUUAUUAAAAGCUGAUGAACCCAGGUUGCUACCCAAUUUUUUUGAGUGUAAUAAGAUACUAUCCUCAGUUAGAUUGAGAUGAUCAAAACCCAGUGGUUAUUCUUAAAUACCAACCAUUGCGUACUGCUGGAAACCACUGAGAAUGGAAUACCUGAGAACGUAAACCUUCAGAAUAGUGAAGAACCAAGAUCACGACUGCUUUGACAAUGAGAUACCUUCAUUGCACAUGCAUUUUUUGCCUGUUAAAAAUGCAAAUCUGAUGGCAUUUAGUUGAAUUUUGUAUGUUUCCAUCCAAGCGAUAACAUGAUGGUAUCUGUAGUCUCCUUGCUGUUGGUUAUGAUCCUCUUUCUAUUAAGAAUUGAUAUAUUUAGUGGGAGGUUUUUCAUUUGUCACUUCUGUACUUUCUGUUUAUUUCUAAAUCCAAGUAUCCUGUGUCCUGUUAAAAGCUUUCCAUUCCUCCAAUAUAAAAAUUACCUCCUCACUUGAGUUGUAAGCAAGGUUGGGAGGGAGGCCUUCUAAAGGUAGGCGUCUUUACAUAAAGUCAGGAUGUUUUGUUGGAGGGCCUCAUGAACACUGUCCACUUGGUUUGCAGUAUCAUGCCAUCAUGAUAACUGCCUAAAAAGGUGCUGUCCCUGUGCAUCGAGAUGCUUCUGAUGUCGGUAUUGUGUUAUUUUCCAGUUUGGUUUUCGAUUCCAUAUUAUUUUCAACUUAUACUAUUUGAAUUUUAUAAUGUGUGUUCUUGAUUCACAUAUGCUUACGUACAUGUACACUUUUAAUACCUGUUCAAUGUAUAUUUUGCAUUGGGCGAUGGCUGAUGCAUUUGAUCUUGAUGACCAUUGGGUGUUUGUAAGUAUACUUAAAGUACUUUCGAGGACAAAGCUGAAAAUAUCCCAUCUGGUGAUUCAAUUCACAAAACCUGUUUAUCCGUUGUGUAAUGUUUUUAAGCUUAUCAUAGUUUGUGUCUUGAGAUGAUCAGCUGAAAAAGAUACAAAUUGGGCAUGAUGACAUACACAGUAGGAGAGUAAUGUCUUCUGCCUUUUAGUGCAAACCCCAUAGUUGCUUGUGUGUAAUAACUGUGACCAUGAGUGUUUUUCUGUCAGCAUUAUCCUUUUACUAUUUACUAAUAAUUACUGCAGGUACACCCUGUCCGUGUUUUCUUUCCUUCCGGUGCAGUCAAUAGAGCAUCUGUGGUGAUGGCAGUGUUGUUACAUGAACAUACCUUGUCCUCUGACAUACUCAUGCUGGGCUACUUCUCUUGUGCAAUCAGAAGUGUAGGAAAAGUAUUAGCUUUUUAUAUUCAGUUGUAUUUUGGAUCUAACCUGAUUUCUUAGGUGCAUUAUAUAUUCCUUUUGAAUUGUAAGCACAGAGGAACAGAUCAAUUUUUAUCUUUACCUACAUCAUUAGUUAUAAGGAAUUCUAUCAACAUGUAAGUUGCACUAAAUUGGGGAGCGGAGCAUACCAGCAUUUUAGCUUUGAAUAAUUCUGUGUGGUCUCUUAAGUAUCAUGUCUGGCACACAACAUAUCAACAUCUACCAUCACUUGGAGUAUAGUUGGCCACUUAUAGUUCUUUGAUUUUGUCACUGCUCACUAUCACCUGGGACAUGAUGUUUGAAUAUUUUCUGGACAUUUUCUGAUCAGAAACUAUCAAGACAAAACAUUGAAUCUUUUAAUGGUCAUACCUUCUGUUCUCAUAAUUAUAAUCUGAAUACAGAGUUAGAGAUUUUUAUUCUGUUCCAUUACUGCUGAAAUGUAUAAGUAUUCUUGGAAUACAUGUGAGCCAGUCACUGAGGCAUUUUAUUUUUUGUUUCUACAGCAGUCUUUUGAAUGUUCAACCAUGAGGUGAAAUAGACAUGAUAGUGUCUGAAUCUCUACAUACAUUUAUGAUGACAAGACUUUUUGAGAGUGACACACACACAGCCAUACCAGUGAAACAACUUAAAAAUCCCUCCCAAGUAACAUAAUACAUAAUAAGUAAAUAUGCACAUGCAUUAUCCACUGAAAAUGAGAACUGUAGCAUAGUUGUUUGGAAAUGAUGUAUCUUCCUGGGUUAUUUACUUCUCUGUGUCAUAAACACUAUCUUUAAGAAACAAAACAGUAGAACUAGGUGACAAUAAAAAUUAAUAGUAAUUUCUAGUAGUUUAGAAAUACUAUGUGUUAAAAUAUGAAAAGUGUUAAUACAGUUUUCUUUUAAGACGGUUUCAGGUUUACAGAAAAUUUACAAAGGUAGUGCAGGAUUUCACCGUUGCUCAGACCACUUCCACUCCCACGUCAUUAUAUUUCCUUGUUACAAUUAAGGAAACAGUGUUGCUGCCUUGUAACCAUCCACCAUCCAUUCUUUUUCUCAGAUUUCCCUAGUUGUGCCCUUUCUCCCCUAAGAUCCCACUCAGGAUACCUCAUUACAUUUAGUGAUCUCGUCUCCCUAGGACACUCUUUGCUAGAGUUUCUGAGACAUUCUUUGUUUUGAAUGAUCUUUUCUAUUUUUGUGGUUCUUCACCAUCAAUUUUGUAGAAUUUUUCUACAGUUGGAAUUAAUCUGAUGUUUCUCUUGUGAUUACUUGGAGUUGUGUUUUACCGGGGAAGAAGGCCACAGAUGUCAAGGACCAUUCACAGCACCUCCUGUCAAUGGCACGUGCUCCAAAGGUGACUUAGAUUGUUGAUGGCCUACAUGGCAGGAUUUAUUUUCUUAUGGCUGAGUAAUAUGCCACGUGUGUGUGUGUGUGUGUGUGUGUGUGUGUGUGUGUGUGUUACACAUCUUUAUCCAUUCAUGUAUCUAUGGACAUUUAGGCUGCUUCUGUCUGUAUCUUGGCUAUUAUAAAUAAUGCUGCAAUGAACAUAGAGAUACAUAUGUCUUUUCAGAUAAGUAUUUUCAUUUUCCUUGGGUAAAUUCCUAAAGCAGAAUUGCUGGAUUAUAUAGUAUAUUAUUUUUAAUUGUUGGAGGAACCCAUGUACUGUUUCCCAUAGUGGAUAACACCAGUUCACAUUCCCAACAAUAGUGUAUGAGGGUUUCCUUCUCUCCACAUCCUUGCCAACAGUUGUUAUUUUUUGUCUUCAAUUUGAACUUGCCAUUCUAACAUUUGAAUUGAGAUCUCAUUGUGGUUUUGAUUUGCAUUUUUCUGAUGGUUAGUGAUACUGAGAAUCUUUGCAUGUGUCUGUUGGCUAUCUGUAUGUCUUUUUUGGAAAAAUGCCUAUUCAGGUCCUCUGUCCAUUUUUGUAAUUGGAUUGUCUCUUUGAUAGUGAGUUGUAUGAGUACUUUAUAUGUUUUGGAUGUUAACCCCAUAUUGAAUAUGUCGUGUUCGAACAUCUCCCAUUCAGUAGGUUAUUCUUCUGUGUGGUUAAUGGUUUCCUUCGCUCUACAGAGCAAUUUAGUUUGAUGUAGUUCCCAUGUGUUUCUUUUAGCCUUUGUUGUUCUUGACUGAGGAGGGAGAUCAAAAAAAUAUUACUAAGGCCAGAGUCGAAGAGCUUGCUGCCUGUGUUUUCUUCGGGAAAUUUUAUGUUUCAUGUCCUACAUUUAAGUCUUUAAUUCAUGUUGAGUUUGUUUGUAUAUGCUUUAGAGAAGUGGUCCAUGUUUUGCGUGUAGCUGUCCAAAGAGACUUUUUCUCAUUAUGUAUUUUUACCUCCUUUACUUAUUCAUUCAUUUAUUAAUUUAUUUAUUCAUUCACUCAUUCAUUCAUUUAUCUUAAUCUACAAUUACAUGAGGAACAUUAUGUUUACUAGACUCCCCCCAUCACCAAGUCCCCCCACAAACCCAUUACAGUCACUGUCCAUCAGCAUAGUAAGAUGCUGUAGAAUCACUACUUGUCUUCUCUGUGCUGCACGGCCCUCCCCAUGCCUGCCCCAACCAUUAUACAUGCUAAACGUAAUGCCCUCUUUUUUCCCUCUGCUUAUCCCUCCCUUCCCCUUUCCCUUUCGUAACUGUUAGUCCAUUCUUGGGUUCUGUGAGUCUGCUGCUGUUUUGUUCUUUCAGUUUUUUCUUUGUUCUUAUACUCCACAGAUGAGUGAAAUCAUUUGAUACUUGUCUUUCUCCGCCUGGCUUAUUUCACUGAGCAUAAUACCCUCUAGCUUCAUCCAUGUUGUUGCAAAUAGUAGGAUUUGUUUUCUUCUUAUGGCUGAAUAAUAUUCCAUUGUGUAUAUGUAUCACAUCUUCCUUAUCCAUUCAUCUACUGAUGGACACUUAGGUUGCUUCCAUUUCUUGGCUAUUGUAAACAGUGCUGCGAUAAACAUAGGGGUGCAUAUGUCUUUUUCAAACUAGACUGCUGCUAAUGCAGAAAUAUAAAAAUGAAAUAAUAUUAUUUAAACAUAGGCACUGAAAUAAUAUCAUUUCAGGAGAUUUUAGGACCAUGACAGGCCUUUCGUAAUUCAUAGAUAUGCAAAAUACUUAGAUAAAAGUACAGGUUACUUUCUAUUACAAAUUAUGUGCCACUGUUUUCUUAUAUAUUAGAAGUUCAACAAUUUACAAAGCCCAAAUCUUUACAUAUAUGUACCUGAGUGAAAUGAAAGUUUAAAAAAAAUUUUAAAGCAAUACUUAGAUACAAGAAAUGAAGUCAGAACUCAAUUAAGAAGUCAGCAGAUGUCAUGUAUUUUGUAGAAAUAAACAAUCCUCUUCAGAUAUAUGCACUUUAACUUGGUAAGGAAAUAAAAACAAAUUGUGAAAUCCUCUCAUAUAUAUAUAUAUGUACACACACAUAAGCAUGUGUGUGUGUGUGUGUGUGUGUGUUUAGGCAACCUAUGUAGAGACUGUUACAUCUGUAUAUCUAUUUUGCUCUGGGAUCUUGUAGUUGUGUGAUUAAAUGUAAUGCGUGGUGAUUUGUUUUCUCCCAGAACAGGUGGGAAAUAGAAGGCUGAGGAAAGAAUGAUAAGGCUACAUCAAAAAAGACCAUGCUCUGAUAGUAUACGUAUUUAAAAUGACAAGAGAAUGAACUCUGUCCAUGCAGAAACCCUAGCCACAGUAGGAGAAAAAAAAUUAAGGGAUUUUUAGUAACUGCUCUUAGUCUCAAUCUAUGCACAUUAGAGAUUCAUUUCUAAAAGUCUCUUUUUUUCCAUGGGUUCCUUCAACUACUGUGUCUGUUUUCCAUACCACUCACAUCACAUUUCUGCCAGAGUUCUGAUCACACUGGAUUCUAUAUUCAUUUGUUUAUAACUGUGUCUCUAACUGAAGCAUGAAGCUCUUGAGGGAGCUGUGUCCUAUUCAUCUCUGUAAUCAUCUCUGCAUUGUUCCUGCAACUGGAGUAACACUUAACAAAUAUGUAUUGCAUGCAUAAACAGAAAAGUAGUAUGUUACUUGUUUUGCUUCCAGAAUGAAUUUUGCACUUGCAGGGAAAAUAUUGAGAUAAAGUGAUACAAAAUCUUACAAGUAUUUCCAGAGAAUAAACCGUUCAAGGGCCCAUAGGACAUUUCUAAAGACAGACCAUGAUCUGGUCCAUAAAACUAAUCUCAAUAUAUUUAAAUGUAUUCAAGUUGUACAAAAUAUGUUUUUGGAUCAAGAUGGAGCUUAAUUGGAAAUCAAUAACAGAAAGAACUCUGGAACAUUCCCCAAAGUUGGAAACUAAGUAAUGCACAUCUGAAUAACCCAUGAAUCAAAGAAUAAUGCAAAAGGGAAUUUAGAACUAUUUUCAACUUAAUAAAAAUGAAAUCACAAUAUCUCAAAAUAUGUGGGUAUGUUGCCAAAUCAGCUCACAUAUUCAUAGCAUGAAUGCUUCCAUUAGAAAAAAAAAAAAGAUUUCAAAUCAGUAUAUCAGCUUUCACCAUAAGAAACUGGGAAAAGUUAACCCUAGGCAAGAAGAAAGUAAAGAUCAGAGCAGAAAUCAAUGAAAAUAGAAAGUUGAAAAAUAAAUGGUGAAUAAGUACACAAAAAAGUCAUUAGUCUUUGGGGAAAUGCAAAUUAAAACCACAAUGAGAUCCUACUACAUAUCUAUUAGAAUGGCUAAAAUGUAAGAGAUGCGCUGUAACAAGUGUUGACCUCCAGGGUGUGGAGCAACUAGAAGGCUCACACAUUGCUAGUGGGAAUGCAACAUGGCCCAACUACUUUGGAUAAUACUUUGGCAGGUAUACAAAAAGUUAAACAUAUACCUAUCAUACAAUUCAGUCAUUCCACUCCUAGGUAUUUAUGUAAGGGAAAAGGAAAGCCUAUGUUUGUACAAAGCCUGCUACACAAAUAUUCAUAGCAAGUAGCUUUAUUUUUAAUAGUUGACAAGUGGGAACUACCCAAAUGAAUAUCCAAGAACAGGUGAAAGAAUAAACAAAUUUAGCUAUACUCAAAAGUUGAAUAACU